CCUGUCUCACCUCAGCCCUCUGACACACACACACACACACACACACACUAGCGUGUUGGUAUACGACUUGUGGCAGGGGAAAAACACUAACAGGAUGAGGUGUGAGUGAAAUUGCAGCAGCUCCUGAAGGCAGCAUUGGAAUUUCCUCACUGCGGACAGGUGAAUGAGCAGCGCUGUGUACCUGUCUCACCUGAGCUCUCUCUCUCUCACACACACACACACACACACACUACAUGCAGUGAGGAAUGGAGGGAGAAGAAAGCAGGAAAACCAGACGGAAUUGCAGAGGACACUUUUCCACAGUUCUCCUCCUCAUUUUAAUCCACGCAGACGGAAUCAUCAGCUCAGAUCUGUUCAAUGAACAAAUGUCAAACCUGAAGAAUUUCCAGAUUGUCAUACCUCAGCUUGUGCACAAACGAUGGCAGAGAAAUGAUAAGAGUGCACAUGAACAGAGAGCAGAUUCGGAGAGUCUGACCUACUCGAUUGAGAUAGAUAACACUGUUCACCUCUUACAUCUAACCAAAAACAAAGACUUUUUAUCUCCUGAUUUCACGGUGGUCUCUCACGACGUGCAUCGUAACUCAGUGAAAAGCCACAAAGAGAAACCUGUGUUGUGUCAUUACUAUGGCCGAGUCUCGGGUUAUGAGGAAUCUCUGGUGGCUUUGAGCACCUGUGAUGGACUCAGGGGUGUCAUUUUCAUGGGGAACAAGAGUUAUGCCCUGGAACCUGCUUUACACUCCUCAAACAACGAGCACAUCCUGUUUCCCCUGGAGAGCAGUGAGUCAGAGCCGUUCCUGUGUGGAGUGGACAGCGAGCGCGAGCGUGACCAUGACGGCUCCCGCGACCACACCUUGUCUAUGGCCAUGUUUUUACGGAAAAAACGCAACCUUCCUCAGACCAGAUACGUGGAGCUGGUGUUAGUCGUGGACAAUCUGAGGUUUAAUUUGAUGAAGGGCGACCGUGUGGCCGUGAAGGACGAAAUGGUCCAGCUGGCCAAUUUACUGGACACGUACUACCAGCAGCUGAAUAUUCACAUCGUCCUGGUGGGGCUGGAGAUUUUCGAGACGGGCAACCCGUUUGCGGUUGAAGGAACCGCCGGAGAAGUUUUAGGACGCUUCGUCGACUGGAGGAAAAAGAAUCUGACAUCACGUGUCCGGAACGACAUGAGCCAGCUCAUCGUGGGUCGUACAGGAGCGUACAGCGGAGGGAUCUUGGGCAUGGCCUAUGUCGGUACGGUUUGCUCAGCAAGCACCAGCGGUGGAAUUAGUGUGUUCAGUAACAAUAAUUUGCAGUAUUAUUCCACGAUCAUUGCUCAUGAGAUGGGACACAACCUGGGGAUGAACCACGACACUUCGUCCUGCCAAUGUGGGGAAAACACCUGCAUCAUGCACCCCACCGCCAGCGGAUCGAAGUUGUUUAGUUCAUGCAGCAGUGACGAUUUUGAGAACCUGGUCCUGCGUGGAAGAGGCGUGUGUCUGCUGAAUCAGCCGUCUCCAGACCAUGUCAUCUCCAUACCCAAGUGCGGUAACCAGAUCCUAGAGGGAACUGAGGAGUGUGACUGCGGACCCCCAGAGACCUGCAGUAAUAAAUGCUGUGAUGCGGCGACAUGCACUUUCACAAAGGGUUCAGUCUGUGCUGCUGGAGCCUGCUGCAAAGACUGUCAGCUGCUGGUGUCUGGAACGCCCUGCAGAGUGUCAGUGAACCAGUGCGACCUGCCCGAGUACUGCACCGGCCAGUCCGGUUUCUGCCCUCCAGACUCGUACCAAAUGGACGGUCUAACCUGCGAGGGCGGCACCGCAUACUGCUAUGAGGGCCGGUGUCAGACACUGGACUACCAGUGCAAGCAGCUCUUCGGCCAAAGUGCAGUAAAAGCCAGUGAUAAAUGCUUCAGCCACGUGAACACACAAGGGUCCAAGUUCGGAAACUGCGGUUACUCCGGGUCCACUUUAAUCCCGUGUUCUGUGGCGAACUCCAUGUGUGGGAAGAUCCAGUGCACAAAUUUUGACUCGAAUUACCCCCCUCCUGGGAUAGUCAUCAGCGUUGAGACUUUAGAACCAGGGAUCUCAUGUAGAAAUGCUGACUUCAACCUGGGACCAGACGUUCUGGACCCGGGGUACGUCAAAACAGGGACCGUCUGUGCUGCAGAGAAAGUCUGCAUGAACUUACAGUGUGUGAAUUCAUCAGUGAUGACACAGGGGCAGAAGUGUAACGCUGCAAGAGACUGCAACAACAACGGGGUAUGUAACGAUAAGGCACACUGUCACUGUAACAACGGCUGGGCUCCUCCUUACUGCGACAAAUGGGGCAGAGGAGGCAGUGUAGAUAGCGGACCUGCUCAAAUAGAUUACUCGCUGAGGAACGGCCUGCUCAUCUUCUUCCUGUUGGUGCUGCCCAUUCUGGUGCUGGUGGUGUUUGGUUUUCUAUACGUCUUCAGACGAGACUCGCUCAAACGGUGCUGCAGGGCACGACAGUCCAAACGCCAGAGGACUAACGAAGCGAACGCUCAGAGAAGUGACAACCAGCCGAGUGGAAACGUUCAAAGACCAGCACGUCCUCCUCCACCCACACAAUACCCACAGUAUCCAUCUGCUACCUCUGGAGCUCAGGCAAGCUCUAACAAUCAGAAUGGUGUGCAGCCUGCAGUGUGGACUUCUCAGCUUCCCAGAAACGGACCUGGAGUUCCCCGACCCAUUCCACCCAGGAACGUCGUCACCUGAGCGAACUCUGAACAAGGGUGUUUGUGGAAUCGAACUAAAACUCUCCCAGUGAAGGAGCGUCCAUCUCGUAUCGGAAUUCGUUCAGCGAUGAUGAGUCUAAAUGUGGAUAUGAAUGUUGUUUGUUACUUUUUUUUUUACAGUAUAAAACGUACAUAACGUUAAGCUAAUAAAUCCUUUAAAUGUAGAGAUUUUUCUUUUUUUUUUGAUUAGCUACAAAUAAUUUCCCCAUGGUUGAUUCUAUUCUAUUCU